AUGGCCACGAUCUACGACUACAAAGUGGAAUAUUGUGUCGCAACGGAGAGCGAAAUGACUAGUUUGCUGGAAGAACAGGCGAGAACGCACAACUACUAUGAAGCGGCUACAGAAAUGGGUGCUGGAGGUAUGCAACAGGAAAAAAGGUGGACGCAGUUGCCGCAGUUGUAUCAUAGAGUGUCGACUCACGGUGUCGUGAGUGGUGACGGUGAUUCUCCGCCAGCUUCACCUAGAGCGGGAGGCGCGGCAGCAGGCAUGAAGAUGAAGGCCCAUAGAUCAAUGACGGUCUCCAUGCUCUCUGCCGAUAAUGAGCUUCAUUAUGGUGAUAAUGGACGAGGAUUGAAUGGAGGCAUGGCUUCGUCUGGAGGUACUAGGGGACAUCGAAGCAAGGAGAUUCUUUUGCGUGUUUCCCCAGUUCCCGAAAGCUGGAUCAUGCACGUCAAGCGCGAUGCCGAAACUUCUAGAGCCGAACAAGUUGAGGCAGAUCCCGACGUCGAGCCAGAAUCUUCAAAAAUCGUGGUCCGCAUAGCCGCUGAGUCCUCUGGUGGCGUCACUGAUUGGUCCCCCAUCUCUCUACCAAGGAAUUGCCUAGUCGACUCCCGAAAGUCGGGUGCAGUGGACCAUUGGCUUGCGGACUACAACGAGAAGCGGGG